GGCUCUGUGGGACAGCUCUGCUUCUCCGCACACGCGGCACCUUCCCGGCUGGACGCUCCCCAGGGAGCUGGGGGGGUUUAGCCUGAAUUAAAGGAGGACCGGGGGGACCUCAUCGCUCUCUACGGGCAGCUGGAAAGAGGUUGUAGACAGGCUCCUGCUCUGCAGCACCAUGCUGGAUCCCAAGCCUCACUCUGCAAGCCAGAGGUGAAUCCAGGUGAAAGCCAGCUACCACAGUAGGUGUCAGGAUGACCAAAGCGCGGCUCCUCCGUCUGUCUGUGGUGCUGGUCUCCAUCUUCAUGAUCCUCCUGAUCAUUGUGUACUGGGACAACGUGGGGACAGCUCACUUCUACCUGCACACAUCCUUCUCCAGACCCCGCUCCCCAGGAGCCAUCACGGCAGGUGAGGACUGGGAAGCAUUGCCAGAUGUAGAUGAAUUUUUGGCAAAGCUGCUUAGUUCGAGCCUGAAACAGAACAGCUCUGUCCCCCGAAAGACAGAGCAGCUCCUCGUCCAGGGCUCCAACAAGCCUGUGGUGAGUAACUUGGAGGAGAACGUGCGGGGCUAUGACUGGUCUACACACAAGGACAGGAACAGCUUGGACCAAGAGAAGCUGCAGGUGGAGAGGCAGAGAACGUUGCGGGAGUUUUGUGCCAAUUCCAGCUUCACCUUUCCCACCAAGGAGCGCUCCUUCGAUGACAUUCCAAACUACGAGCUCAACCACCUGAUUGUGGAUGACCGCCACGGCGUCAUCUACUGCUACGUGCCCAAGGUGGCCUGCACCAACUGGAAACGUGUGAUGAUCGUGCUAAGUGAGAGCCUGCUGGACCAGGGGGUCCCCUACCGGAACCCUCUGGAUAUCCCCCGGGAACACGUCCACAACACCAGCACCCACCUGACGUUCAACAAAUUCUGGCGCCGCUACGGGAAGUUCUCCCGGCACCUGAUGAAGAUCAAGCUGAAGAAGUACACCAAGUUCCUCUUUGUGCGAGACCCCUUCGUCCGCCUCAUCUCCGCCUUUCGCAGCAAAUUCGAGCUGGAGAAUGAGGACUUCUACAGGCGUUUCGCUAUCCCCAUGCUAAAGCUCUACUCCAACCACACCAACCUUCCCACCUCCGUUAGCGAGGCCUUCGGGGCAGGCCUCAAAGUCUCCUUUUCUGACUUCAUCCAGUACUUACUGGAUCCCAGGACAGAGAAGAUGGCCCCCUUCAAUGAGCACUGGAGGCAGGUUUACCGUCUGUGCCACCCGUGCCAGAUAGACUAUGAUUUCAUCGGGAAGCUGGAGACGCUGGAUGAGGAUGCUGCUUAUUUAUUGCAGCUCCUCAAAGUGGACAGGCUGCUUCGCUUCCCACCCAGCUACCGGAACAGGACUGCCAGCAGCUGGGAAGAUAACUGGUUUGCCAAAAUCCCACUGGCUUGGAGGCAGCAGCUCUACAAGCUUUACGAAGCAGAUUUUGUACUCUUUGGCUACCCCAAGCCAGAAAACUUGCUUAAAGACUGAAAGUGAUUGGGCAGUGGGUGUGGGAGGGAACAUCUGAAAUACCAAAAAUGUUUAAAUCCUCCUAAUUUUUGCUCUUAACUCCCUUCCCAAUGCAAGUUGGUACAAUGGAAUAUAUUUUUUCUACUGCUUCCCCUUCCAUUUUUGCAAUAAUGCCAGAGUCCAGGGUAUUCCAGCCAGCUGUGCAUAUGCAAAAAAUGCCAUUUUUUUGGGGUUAUCACUUAUUUUCUGUUUUUUAAAAUGUACCCAUACUUUGCAAUGGGUUGCUGCCCUUGGUCACUCUACCAAUCAUGUCCUUCAGUAGCUUUUUAUUAAUACUUUUUAAAAAUUAAUAUAUUUAAGAUAUUUAAAACAAAGCGUAUGUCGUGGCAAAGGAAAGGGAAGGAAUAAAAAAAGUAAAAGAAAACCCCA